UUAGCAAAAAUUGACAUUUCGACUUCCACCUACAUCCACAUUUAAUAUUUGUGAAAUUUAGUUAUUUAUGCGAGUGUUAAUAAAAUCGUGUAAAAAUGGUUUUCGUAAAAAAUUGGGAAGAUUUUGAAAUCGCUGCCGAGUCCAUGUACAUGGCGAAUCCAAAGAACUGCCGAUACACAAUGAAAUACGUCCACUCGAAGGGCCACAUACUCCUGAAAAUGACUGACAACGUAAAGUGUAUUCAAUAUAAAGCAGAAAAUAUGCCGGAUUUGAAGAAAAUUGAGAAGCUGUCAGCGAAUCUAAUGGGACACAUGGCAUCUAAGGAGUAACAUAGUUAAUAGCCAAGUAAACAAUUUUUUUUUUAUUGGGGGAAAAGUGGGCACAGAGUAGAUUAAGUUUAAAUAACAUUGUAUUAAUGUUAGCUUUGUAACCACUUAAAGAGUGGAGUUGUAGACGUAUAAUAACGUCAUAAUCGAAACGUCGCUUUCGAAAACAUUUCCAUGAAAUGCUUUUAAGUUAUUAUAAACCUGUGGAAUUAAAGAUGAACAAUAAAAAUUAUUCUAAUUGUUUUGUAAGCCUAAA